AUCAAAUGGUGCUGGAGUACAAGAAGGAGGAAGAGAUAGUGAGGGAAACCACUAAUAUGAAUCCUCGGAAUGGGAUUCAGGCUUAGGCAACAAAGGUGUGUGGGGGUCAGCAUGCAGCAAGUGUUAAUAUUAUAGGGUGCCCACACUUCCAAGUGUGUUGUAAUGUUCCUUUAAAAAAAGGUAUCUGUCAGCAGGUUUUCAGACAUUUUCUGUGGAUUUCUGGAAAUAAUUUUAGUCAUUAGCAGAUUUGUCCUAAUACAAACCCAAAAUGAUGCUGGGAUGUAAACAGUCCCACCUCGGCCUGCUGCUGUUUGGGACUAGUUAUAAAUAGACCACAGAGCGCAGAGCCAGUUGGGCAAAGCGCCACAAACCCAUCUCUGAUUUUCUCCCAAACAUCAUUCUCUACACUCUGCUCUCCCCACAGCCCCCCCUUGAAGCAAUUUUUGUACGACGCCGAGCACCACACUCAAAUAUUACCGCGCUCGCUGUGGUCCGGCAGAGAAGAAGCACCAGGUGUUUAUGGCGACCUGUGCAGCCGAGCAGAGAUGUGUCUUACAGGUCUAAUGUGAGCACACUGGCAUCUGACACUGGGCCGGGCUGCAUGCGGCGUCCCAAGGUUAGCAAGUGGGGGGCAGAGCAAAUCAGGCAACUUAUAUUUAGCCUUGCAAAUGGUGAGCUGUGGAUUAUGUCUUCGGGGGCUCCGGUUUCGUCUUCAGUGCGUUUCGCAGCACGAAGGGGGGGCCGUGGAUCUCGAUGAGGCUGCCGUUCAGUGCGUCUGGGGCUGAAAGCCAAUCACACAUUUCCAUAUAGUCUUCUUGUGGAGGUGGAGGGCUAUUCUGAGAGUCAGAAAGACACCCAAGAAGACCCACUCGAGCUUGACAGACACUUCAGCUGGAAGUUACUACACAUAUCUGAGAGAGACAUAUCGCAGAUUGUGUUUUUGGGCUAUUGAGGUUUGGGAUCAAACAUUGCCAUGGAUAUACUCGCAUUAGAGGCGAAGAACGUGAACGGAGCAGAGCCUGAGAAGAAAUCUGCACCGAGGCCAAAACCAAAAGCCCCUAAAAAGGCCAAAAGGAUUGUGUAUUUUGAAGUGGAGAUCGUGGACUUAAAGACCAAGGAGAAGCUUUUGCUGCUGGAUAAGGUGGAGCCAACUGCAACUAUUCUGGACAUCAAGUCAUUGUUUCACAAAUCGUAUCCAAAAUGGUAUCCAGCGAGACAGUCCCUGCGUUUGGACUCGAAGGCCAAGAGUCUCAGGGACGAGGACGUGCUGCAGACGCUUCCUGUGGGAACCACGGCCAGCUUUUACUUCAGUGACCUGGGUCCUCAGCUCACAUGGGGAACCGUCUUCCUCACAGAGUGCGUCGGGCCCCUCAUCAUCUACCUGAUGUUCUACUUCCGCCUGCCCUUCAUCUACGCCCCCAAAUACGACUUCACCAGCAGCAAGCACUGGGUGGUACACUUGGCCUGCAUGUGUCACUCCUUCCACUACAUCAAGAGGAUUCUGGAGACGCUCUUCGUGCACCGCAUCUCCCACGGGACCAUGCCGCUCCGAAACAUAUUUAAGAACUGUGGCUUCUACUGGUGCUCGGCGGCCUGGAUGGCGUAUUACAUCAACCACCCUCUCUACACGACACCCUCUUAUGGGCAGCAGCAGGUGAAUAUAGGCCUUUACGUUUUUCUGGUCUGUCAAGUGGGGAACUUUUCGAUUCACAUUGCACUCCGGAACCUCAAAACUACAGGGGCAAAAGCCAAGAAGAUUCCUUACCCCACGAAAAACCCCUUCACGUGGAUUUUCUGGCUGGUGUCUUGUCCAAAUUACACAUAUGAGCUGGGCUCCUGGAUCGGCUUCACAGUGAUGACCCAGUGUGUGCCGGUGGCUUUCUUUACUCUCGUGGCCUUCGUCCAGAUGACUGUGUGGGCCAAAGGCAAACACCGCAGCUACUUAAAGGAGUUCAGAGAUUACCCGACCCUGCGCUCCUCCAUACUCCCCUUCAUCCUGUAGGAAGUGGCAGAGACAACAAGAUGCACCUAACUCAUCUCUGACUGGGUCUUAUUUCAGCCCCCCCCCCCCCAAUCCAGACAUCAGGCCGUGUGUGCAGAUUCAUUUUGGUCAUGCAGACUUUAUGUAACAUCUUACACGUCACUAGAUAUGUGAGGGGGGCAGUUACAGUCACUCUCAGUGUUGGACUGUUACAGAAAAGAGACCUUCGUGAUUACAGUAAAGUCUUAAUUUAAUGUUGUAUGAGGAAAAAAUUAAAACGUGUUAUUUUGCUAUUUGUUGUUAAAAUGUUUAGUUACAUUAUCUCCAUAGCUUUUAGCAGCUCAAUCAGUGAGAGAUGAGAAACAGAGAAGCUGAUCCUCAUCAUCAAACCUCAGCCUGGAGCUGUGCGGCCUCACGCGUCUCUGAUCCCGGUGACCUCAAACCUGGCUAGCCACUAGAUCUGCUUUGCAACUCGUAUGCACGUGUCGUGAGCCAUCCACUUUUUCAUCUGUACAUCCUGUGUCUCUCUCUGAUUUGAAAUAAAAAAAGGUCACAGUGUGAA